CAAAAGCUAAAAACCAUUCUAGUCCUCUCCGAGGCCGAAAUAUCAAAUAUUCAUUUUGAGCUUAGUCCUGACUGCCAAAUCAAACCAUGGUCCAAGAGAAAAAGGUUGUUGAAGAUGUAUCAGGAUGGCUUAGAGUCUUUGACGAUGGUUCAGUAGAUAGAACAUGGACUGGACCUCGAGAGGUAAAGUUCAUGUCUGAAUCUGCUCCUCCCCAUGAAGAAUUUAUCGAUGGAGUCGCCACCAAGGAUGUUAUAAUCGACCCGGAAUCAGGCCUUCAAGUUCGAAUCUAUCUCCCUCAAAACACUGAUGACAAGAACUUGAACAAUCAUCAUAAACUUCCCAUCAUUCUUCAUUUCCAUGGAGGCGGAUUUUGCAUCAGCCAAGCUGACUGGUUCAUGUACUACACAGUUUACACUCGCCUGGCUCGUUCUGCCGGAGCCAUAGUUGUAUCCGUCUACCUCCGGCGCGCGCCUGAGCACCGCCUCCCUGCCCCCUGUGACGAUGGAUAUGCAGCGCUCCUGUGGCUAAGAUCUUUAGCCCAAGGUAAAGUUGAGCCUGAGCCCUGGCUCGGGGAAAAUGCUGAUUUUUCCCGUGUGUUUCUUAUAGGUGAUAGCUCAGGGGGCAAUAUAGUUCACCAGGUGGCUGCUCGAUCUGGGAAUGAUGAUUUGAAACCUGUAAAAGUUGCCGGGGCGAUCCCAAUUCAUCCGGGAUUCGUCAGGAAAGAAAGGAGCAAGUCUGAACAAGAGCAACCACAGUCGCCUUUCUUGACUUUGGAUAUGGUGGACAAGUUCUUGAACUUGGCUUUGCCAAUUGGAAGCACGAAAGAUCAUCCCAUAACUUGUCCCAUGAGGGAUGGUGUUGUGCCAAAGAUUCAGAAUCUGAAUCUUCCUCCUUAUCUCUUCUGCGUGGCGGAUUGUGAUCUCAUCAAGGAUACUGAAAUGGAGUUCUAUGAGGCCAUGAAGAAGGCAGGUAAAGAUGUGGAAUUGCUCCUCAAUUCUGGCGUUGGUCAUAGCUUUUAUCUGAACAAGAUUGCUUUUGACAAUGAUCCAACUACUGCUAAGGAAACUGAAAAGCUAUUCACAGGGAUUGUAGAAUUCAUCAAGAAGCAUUGAAUCUUGUAAUAGUCUUGAUUUGUCCUUGCUGUUUUUGUUAGUUUGUUCGGUCCACUUUUUCAAGGAUUAGUAUUCCAAUCGUAAAAUAAAGGACAAGAAACCAUUAUGUUAAAUGGCUCUUGGGGUGGCAUAAAUUGCACCUCCAUUAUGUUAAAUGGGGGUGUAAGGAAGUGUGAUCAAGUCACCGGAGUGUUUAAGUUUGAUUAUUUAUUUUGAUGGUUUUGACCUUGUGUUUACAUUUAAUUUGUUUAUUAAUUGAGUGUGAGUUUAAACUGAA